GGGUGUGGGACCCGGAUGCUGAUGCGAGGAACCAGAACGGAGAAAAUAACGCUUUAAAACGCAAAUACCGUCAAGACACACAAGAUAUCAGCGAUCAGUGCGCAACGUAUACAUUUGCAUCAAAAACAUCAAAUCUCAUCCCCAAAAGUGUCCAGCGGGCGCGAGCGUGCGCGGGACCGGCGGAGAAGAGAAGGAUGAGGAUGAGGAUGCUGCGGUCUGAGCUCAACAUCAGCAGCACAGAUGAAACAGAUCGGGUAGAUCCGCUACAGUGAUGCGAGAGCGAGCAGCGCAACCUGGAUCUCCUCACAGUGACAUACACGAUCGGACUCACAUACACGAUAGCUAUGCUGCUAAAAUGAAUCGGGAUUAUAUUUACCUGUUUGUCUAACCGUAAAUGGUAAGAUUCUGGUUCCUUUACCUGUGAUUCAGGCCUAGCAAGUGUACUCUAGGCUUGAGUCCACUUAUACUGUAGUAUCCACUAGUAUAAGGAGGACUUUCUAAAUGGUGUUUGUUAUGAGGGGAUGGCCAGCUGGUAGAUACAUCUAGAAACACUGGUCAUAAGUCUACUAACCGCAGCUUAUCAAUACUGCACCUGGCUCUCUGUCAUGGCAUGCGCUGUGAAUUAGAAGUCUGAGGAGGGUGACUUUGAUUGGCAAAGCUAUGAAUUAGGCUGCUUUUAUGGACCUAACUCUAUCUUCACAUUGCCAUCUGUAUCUUUCCACUCUGUUACAUACAUGACUCACAGACAGUACCGGUCUGAAAGAUUUCAGAAUAUUUAACAGGCCCGUGUGACUGUUGCCGAGACAGAUUUUAGGGAAUCCCAAGCUCAGCAUGGAUAUAAUUCCGGGUUGUUGCAGACCCCUGCAAGACUAUUGUAGAAAAACUCAGCUCAGAAACAGUACGCUGUGAUAAUAUUGCAUGCAGUAGCAAGUUUAUCAGGAGCCAGGCCGCCACUAUGUCUAAGGAACUGUCAGUGACCCAGACAGCUCAGUAUGUGGGGCCGUAUCGACUCGAAAAGACUCUCGGGAAGGGCCAGACAGGUCUGGUGAAGCUUGGGAUUCACUGCAUCACUAGUCAAAAAGUAGCCAUCAAAAUAGUCAACCGAGAAAAGCUCUCAGAAUCUGUGUUGAUGAAGGUGGAGAGAGAAAUUGCUAUAUUAAAACUGAUCGAACAUCCACACGUGUUGAAACUCCACGAUGUUUAUGAGAAUAACAAAUACCUGUAUUUGGUAUUGGAGCAUGUUUCUGGUGGAGAGCUGUUUGACUAUUUGGUGAAGAAGGGCCGACUGACGCCUAAAGAGGCACGAAAGUUCUUCAGACAGAUCAUAUCUGCUUUGGACUUCUGUCAUAGUCACUCCAUAUGUCAUAGAGACUUAAAGCCAGAAAACCUUCUGCUGGAUGAGAGGAACAAUAUCAGGAUUGCUGACUUUGGCAUGGCCUCACUACAGGUGGGAGACAGUCUGCUAGAGACAAGCUGCGGAUCUCCUCAUUAUGCAUGUCCAGAAGUUAUCAGGGGUGAGAAAUAUGAUGGUCGACGGGCUGAUGUAUGGAGCUGUGGAGUCAUUCUCUUCGCUCUGCUAGUGGGCGCUCUGCCCUUCGACCACGAUAACCUGCGGCAGCUGCUGGAGAAGGUGAAGAGUGGAGUUUUCCACAUGCCCCAUUUCAUCCCACCCGACUGCCAGGCUCUGCUGCGGGGCAUGAUCGAGGUCGACCCUGAAAAAAGAUUCACGCUUGAGGCCAUCCAGACACACGCCUGGUAUCAAGCUGGACGCAAUGAGCCGUGUCCGGAGCAGCCGCCCCCGAGGCGUGUGUGUAUGGGCCGGAUCAUGUCUAUGACAGAGCUGGACCCGGAUGUGCUGGACAGCAUGUAUUCUCUGGGCUGUUUCAGGGACCGGGUUAAACUGGCUCAAGACCUGCAGCGUGAAGAAGAUAACCAAGAGAAGAUGAUCUAUUAUCUCCUGUUAGACCGUAAAGAGCGCUAUCCCAGCUAUGAGGACGAGGAUCUUCCUCCGAGAAAUGAGAUUGACCCUCCACGGAAGCGCGUAGACUCGCCCAUGCUGUCCCGUCACGGCCGCUGCCGGCCCGAACGGAAGAGUCUGGAGGUGCUGAGUGUGACGGAGCAGGGCUCUCCAACACCCCCACGCAGAGCGCUGGACACCUCCACGCACAGCCAAAGAUCUCGAUCUGUUAGUGGAGCAUCAACUGGCCUUUCGUCUAGUCCUCUGAGUAGUCCCAGGAGCCCUGUCUUUACCUUCAGCGAGCCAGAGGUAGUUGCCGCCACCAAAGCGGGAAGCGGCAGCACCGUCACUCGUCCCAAUCGAUCGCAUGAACCCAAAACGCAGACGCUUCCAUCUAAAAAUGCACCUGAACGCCCCCAACUCCAGUCCAUGAAGUCCCUCCCCCUGCCCGCCUCCACUUCCCGCUCUCCCUCCCCUUCUCCCCUCUUGUCACCCAUUCCCCGUUUCCUCUUCUUUCCUUCUCCAUCUGCGGUGCUGAAGUCGGUGACUAAAAGCUUGUAUCCCAUGUCUCAGGUCACCCCUCAGGGCUCUCCCCUGCCAACCCCCCUGGGUACCCCUGUGCAUCACCCCCACCCCCCCACCGCUACCCCACCCUCCUCCUCCUCUUCCUCUUCUUCCUCCCGAGCCGAGGGAGGGAACGUGGGCGUGGGCUCACUCUCCUUGACCCCACCCUCUAGUCCAGGGGGAGGCGGCGGCAUGGCGGCCAGUAGCUCCGCCCACUGGAGGACACGCCUCAACUCGCUGAAGAACAACCUGUUGGGGUCGCCGCGGUUCCACCGGCGCAAGCUGCAGGUGCCAACCACAGAGGACAUGUCCAGUUUAACACCAGAAUCCAGCCCAGAGCUGGCUAAAAGGUCCUGGUUUGGGAAUUUCAUCAGUUUGGAGAAAGAAGAGCAGAUCUUUGUGGUCAUCAGAGACAAACCUCUUAGUUCCAUUAAAGCUGAUAUCGUCCAUGCCUUCCUCUCUAUUCCCUCCCUCAGUCACAGCGUAAUCUCUCAGACGAGUUUCCGAGCAGAAUAUAAGACUUCCGGAGGUCCGUCUGUCUUCCAGAAGCCUGUCAAAUUCCAGGUAGACAUCUCCUUCUCUGAGGGGGAGAGAGAGCCGGAGCGGGAGAGAGAGAGGGAUGGACAGAAGGAUUUUGGAAUAUAUAGUGUAACUUUUAGCCUCAUAUCAGGUCCAAGUCGCAGAUUUAGAAGAGUUGUCGAAACGAUUCAAGCCCAGUUGCUCGGUGCUCAUGAUCAGUCCAUGACGCAAACUCAUUCAGCUUUCUUUUGCCUCACGCCAGAUGAGAAGAACGGUCGCCCUCCCAGAACGCCAACCAGACAAAACUCCCGGCGGUCCGAGGGCGGAGGCGAUCGGUGCGAGUGGGUGGAGCGCGGCGAGAGCGGGGUCUUACUCCAGCGCAGGGGUUCGGGGAAAGAAAGAACCCGCCUACUUUCCUCCAGUGGAACACAAUCACAGCCCUAAAUGAGAAAUAUUGUGAAUAAUCAGCAACCCAUCAAGAUAUUAGCCAUGAUAUGAGACAAAACUACUCAGACUUUCCUUUUCCCCUUCUCACUUCAGAACAGCAUGAUGGUAAAAUGUGUUUUUAAAGGAGCUUUUUGAAAGCCCAAUGAAACCAAAUACUGAUACACAAACGGUAAACGGCCUCUUUGCGCAAGAACACGGGACGCAACGAAGCGAAGAAACAUCUCCACUGAAAAAUACCGCCGCAUACACUUUUGAGAUCCGAGGAACACCUCUGAAAACGGUUUAAUCGGUCAUCCUGGACGAUGCUUUGAUUUAUGCUGUAUUUUCUCUCAUGUGAUUUGGAUGUAAUGUGCAAAACUUGAGUCUUAAGAGUUUAUAAUGACAUUCGUGAAAGGUUCCGGUUGUGGGUAGCACACCAUCUGUUCCUUACAGUCCUGCUAUCAGCAAUCGAGUAAUUAUAGCAACAGAGAUCUUAGUCCAAUUAGUGUGAAUUUUUAUCCUCCGAAUCAUGUUUUUAACAAAAAAAACAUUUAGAGAUCCAGAUCCAAAAGCUAUUAGCACCAAGAGUCUGCUCAGUCAUAUGCAAUAAAAAUCAAUAAGCUACAAAAGAUUCAGUUUAACAAAGCUGCACACGCUGAAUCUUUUAAAACAUGAUUACCUCUAUGAGCGGACAGACUCAUGACCGUAAAUAGUACCGUUGCUCACCAGCCCUUCGUCAUUAUCUACAGACAACUUCAUUUUCACUCUCUACACAAAUGCUGCAUGCUAAAUAACAUCCCCCCUCACAGCAAGCGUCUCCCCUAAUGACUGAAUGUGAUUGUAGAACAAUUCUGCGUGCGUUUACACGUCGAAAUCUGGCCUUUUGGCGGCGCAAAAACGCGAGACCGUCUGACUAAUGAACGAUUCCCACGACUGUUGUCUCCAACAAGAGUUCAGAUGUAACGUUUCCCCUUUAAAAGCCAAAGGGAAUGGGAAUCUCUCAAAAAAUGAAAAGGAUUUUCAUCCCAAUUCUCUGUUGCUGCAAGACUUGGUCGAAACAACCAAGUGAAUGUCGUUGACUAUUUUACUUAUGAAAAGAAUUAGUUUGUAUAUUAUUCUGGGAUUUUGAAAAAGAGUGGCCAUUAGGUGUAUAUAUCUGUGUUGGAAUGUUUGGGGUAUUAAAAAAUGCAUAUUUUGGGAGAGUACAAGACAGUGAGACCAUUAAAAACAUUUUUGGUUCCGUAAAAAAAAACUUUUUUUUUAAGUGCCCCUAUUAUGCUUUUUUUAACUAUUAUCUUUAUUGCGGUGUUUAAUACAGCUGUGCAGGACAAAUACAAUUAAUCUAGGAUAAAGUUAUUCUAAUUCUUAUUCUAUCCUAAAAAAAACAUUCUAGACUGCUGAAAUGAGUCGUCAGCAGUGUCGGGAAAGUUACUUUAAAAAAGUAAUUAGUUAUAGUUACUAGUUACUUCUCACAAAAAGUAACUGAGUUAGGCCCUGUUUACAUGAGAACGCUCGCGGGUGAAAACGUAAAAAUAUUUUAUCGGAUGUGCCUUUCGUUUACAC